AUGAGAGCCAUCCAUCCCCUCAUAUGGCAUCUCGCACUAUGCCCCGCCGCCGCCCUUGCCCGAGCGCCUCUCCCUCCUCCCCCAGACUUCAACGCGGCCCUCGAUGCCGGCGACUACGGCAUCUACCCCCAGCGCGAAUAUGUCACCUCCGGCGGCAUCAAGUCUCCCGAGACCAACUUCCCCAUGUGCACCCCCGACUACGAUGACGGCAAGUUCAUCUUCUUCACCCCGCGUGGCCACUCCUUGCCCUACAACCCCGGCCCCAUGAUCAUGGACGCGCGAGGCGAAUUGGUGUGGUAUCAGCAUUAUGACAACUCCUUUGGCGGCGAGGCCUACAAUUUUCGCGUGCAGCACUUUCAGGGGGAGGACUACUUGACGUUUUGGCUGGGCGAUGACCGUGUACGCGGCCACGGCUCCGGCUUUUAUUAUAUGUUAAACUCAUCUUAUGAUGUCGUGCGGCAAUUCGGUGCGGGAAAUGGACUGAGUGCGGAUCUACACGAAUUCCUCCUCACCGACGAAGGCACUGCGCUCAUGUCCAUCUACGAAAUCGCACCCGGCGACGUAAGUAUGUUUCGCGAGUUCCACCCCGAGGAACACCUGGAGGACGAGAACCCCAAUUACAUCUGGGAUGGGAUAGCGCAGGAGAUCGACGUCGACACCGGCAAGGUGCUGUUCGAAUGGCGAGCGUCCGAGCACGUCAACGUCACCGAGACCUAUCGCCCCAUCUACUCCAUGGGCAAUCUCUUUGACCCCUUCGACUGGUUCCACAUCAACAGCAUACACAAGGACCAGCUUGGCAAUUAUCUCAUCUCCGCCCGUUAUACCCACAGCAUCAUGUACGUGGAUGGACGCACGCGAGAGACCAUUUGGCAGCUGGGAGGCAAGAAGAACAGUUUUAUGGAUAUGAGUGGCGGCAACGCUACCAAUUUCUGCUGGCAACACGACGCUCGAUUUCUCCCUCUCGACACCUUUCCCAGCAUCUACACCCCGCCACCAGCGGAGGAAGGAGUCAGCAGGCGGUUGAUCAGCAUCUUCGACAAUGCUGCCGAGGACCAGCAUUAUCUAUAUGGCCUGCCAUAUUCUCGUGGAUUGGUGGUCGAAGUCACGUUCCCUACUCCCGGCACGACAAGGGCUGCAAAAGGCCCACGCAAGUCUGGCUCCUCUGAAUCCUUGACCAUUCUCGACGAGGAUGGCAAUGUUGAUUACAACCUGCAGAAGCUGCUGGAAACCAAUGGCACCGACCCCUACUACUCCGUCCGAGUCAUCGCCUCCUACGAGAACCCCCAGUUGGUGCGUUCCUCCUCGCAAGGAAACAUGCAAAUCGUGCCUCAAGGCCCGGGCGAGGACCCCAAGAUUCUGGUCGGCUUCGGGCUAUCCCCCGUCUUCACCGAGUUCGCCACCAACGGCACCGUGCUUUGCGACGUGCACUGGGGCCCCAAAUCCUCCUGGGACACGGCGCACAGCCAAAGCUACCGCGUCUACAAGUUCCCGUGGGUAGGCAAGCCACACACCGAGCCUAGCGUGGCCAUCAGCGACAAAAACGACUUCAUCUACGUCUCCUGGCUCGGCGCGACCGAGAUCUACGAAUGGGUGCUCCAAGGCUCCCGCCGCGAAACCGAAGACGACUCCCGCUGGAAAGACAUUGGCCGCGUGGAGAAGAUCAACUUCGAGACCGUCAUCGACGUCGCGCGCAACCUCGGCGGCUACCGCUACCUCCGCAUGGUCGCCGUCGACGAGCACGGCGCCCGCCUGCCCCACGGCACCAGCCGCAUCAUCGACCGCGGCAUCAUGGCCACUCACUUCCCCAUCGUCGCGGACAAGCUGCCCGAGGACGUGAAGCAGAUGCCGCCGCUCAAGGUCUUUUUGAUCUUCGCGUGCAAUGUCAGCGGGCUGGUGGUGCUGUACGAACUCUACCGCCGCUAUCUCAGCUGGCGCGUGGGCCGGCCGAGCGCGGGUGCCUUCCGGUGGCGCAAAGGCGCUGCGUAUAAACUGUUGGAAGCGGUUUGA